AUGAGGCUUUACGCAUUUGUCCUAUUUCUGAUAGCCGGGGCCCGGGCGAUGCCGGCCCUGGAUAAGGAGGCGAACGACCCCGGCCUAGUCGGAAGCGUCAUCGGAGUUGUCAAAGAGUGCGUUGACGGAGAUGUGUCCUUGUGCUUAAAGGAAAAAGCGAUGAAAUAUGUGGAGAGUUUAUCAUCAGCCCGCGAGAUGAAUCUGGUUGAAGGUGUAACCCUUUUGGGAACUGGAUCACCAAGAUCCGCGAGAGCUUACGAGCCCUUAGCAGACGAGCCGAAGAUUAGGGAGGCGCAAGUGGAGUCCAGACUGGUUGACUCGGCUGCAGACUUCCUGGAAAACCAUGUGAUCCAAUUCCGUCUACCAUCUUCAGCAGUUGAAGGCAUGAAGCGUUCUCUUGAAGAAGCUCGAGGCAAAAAGAAGAAGCUCAAGCAGCUCAUUCCCCUCUUAGCCAUCGCUAAGCUCAAGAUCUUGGCACUCAUUCCCCUGUUCCUCGGUAUCAUCGCCUUCGCAGCCGCUAAAGCUGUCCUCUUAGCCAAGAUUUCUCUUCUCGUUGCUGGUAUUAUUGCUCUAAAGAAGCUUCUUGCCAGCAAACACCAUGAAACUAGCUAUGAAGUCGUUGCUCACCCACACCACGAAGAACACUAUGCUAGCAGUGGACACGGUUGGGGCAGAUCAAUUGAUGAGGCACAAAACUUAGCCUACUCCGGUCACAUUAAAUCCGAUUAA